CUCAAGUGAUCCGCCCGCCUCGGCAGCCCAAAGUGCUGGGAUUACAGGCGUGAGCCACCGCGCCUGGCCUGUGAUGCUAUCUUUUCAGGAAAGAAAAGAAAAAAAAAUCUUGAACACCUAUGCUAGGUGCUAGGAGAUAAAACAAGGAACGCAGACCUGCUCCCUGUGUCUUGAAACUUAAAAUCUUGCACGGAUGGAACAAUGAGAUGGAGAAAAAAGAAAACCUAAAACACGUGAACUAAUUUAAAAAAUUAAACAUUGUAUUAACUGUAGGAAGAAAACAAACCAGUUGCCGAGAUUAAUUACGCUUUGGGAACAAAUGCGGUUCACAGGAGUGCCAAAGAUUUAACUGUAACCUGUUACGAGAACGGUGUACUGGACAUUUUCAGAUCAGUAAUGGCACAUUAUAUAUACGUAGAUGUUAACUUUUACCAAAGCGCAAAAAAGCAAUCAAGGAGUACCCACUGCCUCCUCGCAUCGAUAGAAAAAGCCCAUCUGCAAGUGAAGUGCCAAGCCACCACGAGCCCGUUAGCUUUUACGCAUGUACAGUGAGUCAUCUUGAAGUAAACGGGAAUGCCAUGUUUAUCUUCCUCUCAACCAGCUUCCAGAACGACUUUUAGCUCAUUUGUACAACAGACAGCCUUACCUUUUAGUCUUUCAACAAACUUAUCUCAUUUAAGGUACCUAUACCCACACAAAAACACUUUCCGCCCUCCACAUGCCGCUCUUAAGGCUCCAGCUACCUUUAAUAUGGCGGAGGCCGAGCCUGCGCAGUAGAAGCAGAGAAGGCAAAUACCAGUUUCUGGAAUAACGUUACAUGCCCUUCUUCCGGUGCGGAAGACUAUACCAUUCCCAUACCCUAUAACUUUGUUCUAUUUCACACAUAUAAUUUUCCGAGACAAGAUGUUCUCAUUUAAGCAACAAGAAGAUUCGUCUCUCGCUAUUACUGUAACUGCUGUUUAUAUCGUCAUGUCCCGGAUAGGUCCCUGUCUUCCCUGAAUGGUCUCUACCAACUUCACCUCCGGUUCUAGGUGUCAUGGCUGCCCCAAGAGUCUAGUCACCAUUACUUUAAGUACUGCAAAAUCUCAGCAUUGGCUCUGCUGAAGAUGGUGAUGCAUGCCAGAUCGGGAGGCAACUUGGAAGUGAUGGGUCUGAUGCUAGGAAAGGUGGAUGGUGAAACCAUGAUCAUUAUGGACAGUUUUGCUUUGCCUGUGGAGGGCACUGAAACCCGAGUAAAUGCUCAGGCUGCUGCAUAUGAAUACAUGGCUGCAUACAUAGAAAAUGCGAAACAGGUUGGCCGCCUUGAAAAUGCAAUCGGGUGGUAUCAUAGCCACCCUGGCUAUGGCUGCUGGCUUUCUGGGAUUGAUGUUAGUACUCAGAUGCUCAAUCAGCAGUUCCAGGAACCAUUUGUAGCAGUGGUGAUUGAUCCAACAAGAACAAUAUCCGCAGGGAAAGUGAAUCUUGGCGCCUUUAGGACAUACCCAAAGGGCUACAAACCUCCUGAUGAAGGACCUUCUGAGUACCAGACUAUUCCACUUAAUAAAAUAGAAGAUUUUGGUGUACACUGCAAACAAUAUUAUGCCUUAGAAGUCUCAUAUUUCAAAUCCUCUUUGGAUCGCAAAUUGCUUGAGCUGUUGUGGAAUAAAUACUGGGUGAAUACGUUGAGUUCUUCUAGCUUGCUUACUAAUGCAGACUAUACCACUGGUCAGGUCUUUGAUUUGUCUGAAAAGUUAGAGCAGUCAGAAGCCCAGCUGGGACGAGGGAGUUUCAUGUUGGGUUUAGAAACGCAUGACCGAAAAUCAGAAGACAAACUUGCCAAAGCUACGAGAGACAGCUGUAAAACUACCAUAGAAGCUAUCCAUGGAUUGAUGUCUCAGGUUAUUAAGGAUAAACUGUUUAAUCAAAUUAACAUCUCUUAAACAGUCUCUGAGAAGUACUUUACCUGAAAGACAGUAUGAGAAAAAUAUUCAAGUAACACUUUAAAACCAGUUACCCAAAAUCUGAUUAGAAGUAUAAGGUGCUCUGAAGUGUCCUAAAUAUUAAUAUCCUGUAAUAAAGCUCUUUAAAAUGAAA